AUGAAUUUGGAAUGAUUAGACCUUUAGUUCAAACAUUGAUAGCCAAGGAAAUCAGUGAACUAAAAGUCAUGGGCUGCGCCAGCAGCACUCCCAUGGUGGCAACUGCGGGCAGUGAAAUGUUGAAAGCUGCCACCCAUGUGGCUGGUGAUGUUAAGCAGCAAGGCGAGGCGGCUAUGGAAGAUGCCACAGAGGCUCUUACCACCACCUUGGAUACAGCCAAGGAAACAGUCAGCACGGCUGUGGCAGGCAUAACCAAUGAGCUGGGCAAUGCAUUUAAGGAUGGCACUCAGGCUUUGGAUGAGGCAAAACAGAAAGUUUUGGAUGGCUUACAUCUGGAUACGGCAGAGGGUGGUGCCCAAGCCACUGGCGAUGCCUUGCCAGAGAUGAGUUCGUCACGUGCUCCCACACCCCAGCUAGUUCAGGCUGAUGCCGACAGUCUGAAGACUUCCACACCCGAGCCAGAAAUUGAACGUGCCUUGGCCAAUCAGGAGGAAAGUCCACCGACUCCAAAACCUUCGCUAGAAGAGUUGGCACAAUUAAGUGGCCAAGUGGAAGUACCUGUCGAUGCACCCACAGCAAGUGAAGUUAUAUCAGCUCCAGCUCCAGAUCCGCCUACAGUCGAUGCAAGCGCCACCAAUUCCACAACUACAACCACCACCGUGGAACGUCGUCGGCAACGCCGUCGCCGGAACGAGGCAAAUGAGGAUGAACAACGACGUCCGAGCACUACCGAAUGGGAGAAGUUUGCCGAUCAAUUGGCCAAAAGUCGCAAAUUCAAACCGUACGAGAGUUUUGGCCAUAGUCAGAAUCAGUUUUCCGUCUAUCAAGACUACACGAGCAUGCGGGAUAAGCCGCAUCAUUAUGAUGGUCAUUUUAGCGAUGGCAAUUCAUUGUCCAGUGCCUCACAGUCGGAUCUCUCGAGUGGCCACUUGACACCGGCACCCGUACGACGUGGCCAGCGAGAAUACGCCAAAUUUGUGGGAUCCGAGCAGCCGGCAAGUGUAUCACGUGCCAGUUCGAGGCUGUCCAAUGCCAGCAAUGCCAGAACCUUUGACUUUAAUCCUCAGCGUGAACGCAUUAGUCUACCGAUAGGCAAUCGCAAUCGCAUUGGCUCGGGUAUACAGCGAGUUCCCGCAGAGAGGAUAACGCCCUGGGGCAGGGGCAAGCCUGUGGCUGCUGUGGCCGAGGAGCCAGAAUAUGGCAGACGUUUUAGUGCCGGAUUAAUACAACAUUCUCUGCUUCCAAAGGUCCCUAAUCGGGGCAUAAAUGAAUCUAUUACACCCAGUAAAAGAGAGAAACCUCCAAACUCGGCAAUGAGCCAAAAAUCAGAAGCAAGAAAGAAUCGUCCAACAAUUGAGCCCAUUGCCAAAGUGGAAAUGGAAUCCAUUAGAGUUGACGUGGAGCAGAGUCAAGCAAAAUCCCCAAGAACACCGAUUAGGGUCGAAACAAAGCUCGAGCAGAAACAUCGCUCCGUCCAUCCACCAUCAGCCAUUGAAGCACCAGCAAUGGUUAUGCGACCAACCGACGACAAUCAAUCAACUUCCAAACAUGACACGCCCCUUGCCAUAAGUCAUAGUAAACCAAAAACCAUAUUACCUCAAAGCCCAAAACAAAGAAACGAACGCCAUCACGAACGUAACGAAUCUUUAGCCACAUCAACCACCUCAAGAUUGCCAUCACCCACACCAUCCAGAAUCUCAUCCGAUUCUAGUGUAGAUGUGAUCAUACAGCCCCUAAGCAAUUUAAAUACACCCAGCACCAAAUCCCUGUCACCGGAUCAAGUUAUAAUGACCGAAUACGACAAUACCGAUUUGGAAGUUGCCCUGGCCAAAUUGGAGCUAUUAAGGGGAUCCAAUGCCACGCUGCAUUCCCUGAACUCGCAACAAUCCUGCAGCGAUCCCAGGCGGCAUAUGUCGAAUACCUCAUCCCUGUUAAGUUCUCGACGCACCUCACCCUGGAUAAUGCGCAAGGAUUACACUGCGAAUGUGAAAGUGGCGGCAACUGCAGCAACAACAAUUAGUACAAAACCAAAUGGACUGACUGGAUCAACAAUGAAGACCAUUGGCAGCACACAUAAAAUUCUCGAACGUUGUGAUAUUUGUUGUAAUGAAUUUGUGAUGCAAUAG